CUUCUUGCGAUUGUCCUCCCAACCUUGAUCAGCGGAUGCAUCUUCGCGCUGACAAUAUCCGGCUACCGGUCCACGUCGACAUUAUACGAAUACACCAAGAAUGACCGAGCCACCCUUCAGAUUAUCGUGCAAAUGGUCUCAGCAACACUGGCUGUACCUUGGACCUUUGCUCUGGCGCAGACCUUCAAUCUGAGUACACGGACGAUGAUCUGGGAGAAGGCGAUAUCAAUGGAGAAUCUCCGGUUCUGGACAUCGACCUCAUUGACGAGACUUGACUGGAAUCUGAAAGGACGCCGGUUGAUCCUCUGCAUGCUGGUCGUGAUCAUCUCGCUCGUGCCGAACUUCCUCUGGACGGGUUCUUUGACGCCACAGCAGACGGGUACUGAUCGGUCAUUGAAUUCCAUCACCGUCAAGCAUGUAGGCCAAGGUUCGUGGGAUAUGCUAGCAGCUCCUGGGCCGAACUGCAACCUCACAGCCAUCGAUGCCUCUUCGCCGGGCAUCUUCACGCUGUGUCCGGGGAUGUACCAGUCCGGAGCCAUUCUCCAGUCGGGCGCUUCGGCCAUUACAUACGAUGGUUCAGAGAGGAACUUCUCCAAGCCGGACAACUCAGGAUACACCUUCCGCGGCCGAUCGUACGGCAUGGGUGCAACAGUUGGUUGGACCGGGCUCGGCAAAAAGGCAGGCACCGUUCUAAACUACACUUACACAGACACUGGCUAUCUCCCCAAGGUCUCCUGCCUCUACAACGAGUCCUCCAUGUGGGUCAUCACCAACAACCUCGAGAAAUACGACGCCACCGCCGGCUUCCCGAAUCUCUUCGCCGCUCAAGGCUGGUUACCCAACGACAACUGGUCCGCCAUCCCUGACACCUUCCACAACCGCAGCUACCUUCAAGAAACCUUCCUCAACGGCCAAGCUAACGCAGGCUGGUAUCCUCUCACCGCUUUCGGCUCCGGAUCCCGCCUCGUAGCCAUCACAGCCCGCAACGUGGUCGAACGCACCGAUCGCCGUCUCCUCCUCGCCAUCGCCGCCAACGGAGCCUACUCCCUGCAAGGCACCACUCUCGACCAAAUCCAAUGCGAAGUCAUCUUCUCCCCGACAGAGUAUGCCAUCUCCGUCUCCCCUCUGAAUCGCACCAUCUCCGUGCAGCCUCGCAAUGACACCAACACCCUUGCCAACGACCCCGACCCCACCGGCGCCCUCAAAACCCGCGCCCUCUCCGAAAUCGAGGACGUCUCCCGCACCGAAACCACCAUCUGGACCUCCACCAUCGGCGACGCGCUAGUCGGGAACUUCGCCACUUUCUGGGCGUCCACCACCCAACCCGGCAUGAAACACGCCUCCCUUCCGAUAUCCAUUCCCAAGACGACAUCCUACGAAGACCGCGUCGCAAAAAUGACGCUCUACUCCGUCGAGCAAUCUUUGACGGCCAUGUUAGACGAUAUCCUCCUCCGCAUGUCCCUCGCCGCGAUUUCACGCACGCAAGGAACGGGCGGAGUCAGUGAUGCGGAGGUCGUGGGGACCGUCGCAGCCGUGCGCAUCGGCGACGCGAAAUAUGUCUACGCCAAUUUCACGGUGCAUAUCCUCGCUUUGAUUUUGGUGGUGGCGGUGGGGAUGUGGCAAGGGUGGUGGAAGGACACGCCGAGGUUUGAUUAUGCGGAUGCGGUGGGGUUGGUUGUUGGGGUUGCUGUUGGA